AUGAGGCUCAUCAUCCGAGACGACUCUGAGUCGGCUAGCUCUUAUGUAGCCAAUUAUAUCAUCAGCCGGAUCAAGCACUUCAAUCCCACAACUGCACAUCCCUUUGUGCUGGGCCUGCCGACUGGUUCAAGUCCGCUCGGUGUCUAUAGGAUCCUGGUUGAGAAGUACAAGGCUGGAGAGAUCUCCUUUGAAAAUGUCGUCACAUUCAACAUGGACGAGUACAUCGGGAUCCCCCGCGACCACCCAGAAAGCUACCACUCCUUCAUGUGGAAGCACUUCUUCUCGCACGUCAACGUGAACCCCAACCACGUCCAUAUCCUCGACGGCAACGCGCCCAACCUCGAAGCUGAGUGCGUCGAGUACGAGGCCAAGAUCAAGCGCGCAGGCGGCAUCGACCUGUUCCUCGGCGGCAUCGGCGAGGACGGCCACAUCGCCUUCAAUGAGCCUGGCUCCAGUCUGGCCUCGCGCACCCGCGUCAAGACGCUUGCCUACGACACCAUCCUCGCCAAUUCGCGCUUCUUCGGCAAUGAUCUGGAUAAAGUCCCCAAGAUGGCCCUGACCGUCGGCGUGCAGACCGUGCUGGAGGCCAGGGAGGUCGUUGUCGUUAUUUUGGGGGCGCGCAAGGCGCUGGCGUUGCAGAAGUGCAUUGAGCAGGGUGUGAACCAUAUGUGGACUCUGUCGAGCCUGCAGUUACAUCCCCACCCCAUGAUUGUCUGCGAUGAGGAUGCGACGCUCGAGUUGCAGGUGAAGACGGUCAAGUACUUCAAGAGCAUUGAGAAAGUGGCCCAAACCCAAGGCUUCGAGCAGAUAUUGCCGUCCAAGCUCCGCACCGGUGCGAGCCCUGUGCCCCAGACCGUGGUAGAUGAGGUUCAGUCCCCGAACAUCCUAGCCCCUCAACCCGUCACGUCUCGUUUUCUACAGGCGAGUCCGGCGGCCGAGUAUCCCGUCAGAUCGGUGUCGCCAGAUUUAGUGCCCGAUCGCAUGGCCGACCGUGUUGGCAUACCUAACAUCUCGAGGAGACUAACGCCACAGCCCGAGCAGCAGCGCGUUGCCAGUGUUGCCAGUGUCGGUGCGUAA